UGCAUUAUCAGCAGACUAUACAAACUGGUGGGAGUUGCCAAAAUAUUCCACUUGUUGUAUUUUUGUCUGGAUUUCUUCCCAUAAAAUGUCUCAACUACUGUUACUUGGUAGCAGAGUUGCCGUUGGGUGUUGCCGUUUAACCCGACGCAAUCUCUUACCAAUUAGGGACUCAAAAAGAUUUGAACUGGUGGUGGCCACGUCAACAAAAUGCAACGCAAACUUUGAGGGUAAACAACGUGGGUUUCACGGCCAUGGUGCUGCGGGAGAAGACAGCUCGGACCCCGGUAAAUGGGGAACAUCAUCGGGGUUACUGAUGGCUGGAGCUGCGGCAGUUAUUGGAGGAAUUGGAUUGAGUGCCUUUGUGAACAGUUCCAAGUGUGCCGAGAAAAAAGAGGCUGCACAGUCAGCAGGGAAAGUCAUCAAGGGGCUACCAGAGUACAACCAUGACGAUGUUGAAAAACACAAUUCACCAGAAACUGGAAUCUGGAUGACGUAUAAAAAUGGCGUCUAUGAUGUGACUUCAUUUGUGGCUAAUCAUCCUGGAGGGGACAAAAUCAUGUUGGCUGGAGGUGGCUCUCUUGAACCGUUCUGGGCUCUGUAUGCUGUGCAUCAGAGCGAUGAAACGCUUGCUCUACUGGAAACCUUACGCAUCGGAAACUACAAAGAUGAUGAGAGGAUACAGAAGAAGGACGUAAAUGAUCCAUUUGCCAACGAGCCGUACCGACACCCAGCACUCACUGUCAACUCCAAGAAGCCUUUCAACGCCGAACCCCCACCAGAGCUUCUCAUUGAUAGCUUCAUCACACCCAAUGAGCUCUUCUUUGUCCGUAAUCACCUCCCAGUCCCUGAGUUCGACAAGAAGAACUUCAAGCUCGACGUCGAGGUCCCAGGAAAGAAGACCAUCAAGCUAUCUGUGGAUGAAUUGAAGAAAUACAAGGAGCAUACCAUCACCGGAACCAUGCAGUGUGCUGGAAAUCGCCGCAGUCAAAUGUCCAACUACAAAACCGUCAAAGGUCUGUCUUGGAAGUUUGGAGCGAUCAGCACUGCUGAGUGGACUGGGGUGAUGCUGAGAGAUGUUCUACUCAAGGCGGGUCUAACAGAGGAAGACGAGGCUAAGUUUGCUUAUGUUCAGUUUGAAGGGUUGGAUAAAGACCCCAAUGGUGGCAGCUACGGCUCUUCUAUCCCGUUGUCGGUGGCCAUGAAUCCAUACCGUGACGUCCUCCUGGCCUACAAAAUGAACGGUCAGGACAUCCCAGCCGAUCACGGUCAUCCACUGAGAGUCAUCAUUCCAGGUAACAUAGGAGCACGAAGCGUCAAAUGGCUCUCGAAGGUCAUCGUCAGCGACAAAGAGAGUCCCAGUCACUGGCAGCAGAAAGACUACAAGAGCUUCAAUCCGUCCGUAGAAUUUGGACAGCUCAACUAUGAUACAGCACCGCCCGUUCAAGAGUACCCCGUCCAGUCAGCAAUCUGUUAUCCGAAAGAAGGCAGCAGUGUUGACGUGGACGAGGAGAAAGUAACCGUCAAGGGGUAUGCGUGGAGCGGAGGUGGACGCGGGAUUCUGCGCGUGGAUGUCUCCGUGGAUGGUGGCCAGAAAUGGCAUGUUGCGGAGCUGAAAGAUGCCGGUCAAAAGAUCCAACGCGUCUGGGCCUGGACACAGUGGGAGGCGGAGAUACCCAUUCCAAAGGAUCACAAAGGCAAGUUGGAUAUCUACUGCAAGGCUAUUGAUUCGUCUCAUAACGUACAGCCAGAUACAAUGAAGGGAAUCUGGAAUGUCCGGGGACUGAUGAAUACGGCUUGGCAUCGUGUCAAUGUUAAGGUUGUCGAAGAAGAAUAAACAGGUAUAGGUGGUUGAUUUGAUUUGAUUUGAUUUGAUUUGAAUUGAACUUAUUUUGAUAAAAACCUGUCAAAAACACAUACACAACAAGGGGAGGAAAGAUGAUGAAGUAAGAUAAACUGAUUUAGAACAUGAGAUAAAUAUAUGGCUCAAAAAUAAGGACACCCCAAUAAAACCAAUAUUUCCAUUGGGUUCUUUAAAAUGCAAUGAUCCUUAGAUUUAUGUUAAGAAGUAUUCAGUUCUUUCAGAGAAUCAAUAUUCUCAAUCAGCCCUGAUGCCUCACGGAGGCAACGAAUGGUGAUUGCCUUCAUGUCCGCUGGUCAUUGCCUUGGUGCCAGCGGCGUAACUAGACAUUUUCAUUUGGUGGGGCAAGUGGGGGCAAAGAUUAAAUUUGGGGGGGGGGGGGCCAAAGAAGUGCAAGAUUAUUAUUAAAUAUGUUAACUGAUAUAUAGUUGAUACACACCAAUGCAGUUCUAAAACAGUCUACAUAGUCAGCAGGUAACAAAAGAUUGCGAAAACAACAAAAUCUUAGAGAACAUGUCAUUUUGUAUAAGAUAAAACUUUUUUAAAUUACCAACUGUGAUCACCAAGUACCAAUUUAGAGUUGUACACGGCAUUCUCAAAUAGGCUCAGUGGGUGUGUAAAUACCCAAAACAUAAUAAUAUUAGGCCAAGUAAAAAUAGAAAAACAGAAAUUUUUAGCGUCCCCACCGGUCCCCACCCGCCUUUUUACAGGACACCUCCUUUUUUUUCUUAGGUUUUUUUUAUGCACAUUUUUUUUUGAAAAAGGGUUAUUU